ACAUUCCGACAGCAACUCAUAAAUGGUUACAUAAAUAUGGCUUCUCUCCAAAAUGAGCUCUGUUCACCAACACUAUAAACACUUUUACCUUUAACUAGCAGCCAGAAAGAGUAAAAAUGAGAUACCAGAAAGAAAUACCCAUUGAAUCUACCACCGGAAACCACCCCAUGAAGCGAUACCACACGGCGCGUUACUAUGCCCACCGGGUGAAAGAAAGUCUAACCACCAGAGUUUCCAAGCUAAUUUGUGCCAUAUUUUUAGCCCUUCUAUUUCUUGUAGGCAUUAUCGCAUUCGUUUUGUGGCUCAGUUUGCGUCCUCAUCGGCCACGAUUUCACAUACGAGAAUUUUCAAUCCCCGGUUUAGGACAAGAAAAUGGGUUUGCAAAUGCUCAGAUAAUCUUCAACGUAACAGCCCGUAAUUCGAACCAGAAUGUUGGGUUUUAUUACGAUACAAUUCAGAUGACAGUAAACUACCAGGAUCAAAGUAUAGGCGGGGAAACAUUGGCACUUCCGUUCUAUCAAGAGCCAAAGAACACGGCAAUUCUGGCCGGCAUACUUGGCGGUGACUCCUUGAAAGUGAUGGCUGAUCAGUGGCGGCAGUUUGUGGCCGACUGGUCAAGAGGAGCGGUGUUUUUCAGCAUUGAAUUAUCUUCCUCCAUUCGUUUCAAAAUAUCGACAUGGGAAAGUAAGCGCCAUAGGAUACGUGCUACAUGCCCAGUUGCAGUUGGUGUAGACGGAGCAAUCUUGGCUAAUUAUAAAGAUAAGAGGUGUCAAGUUUAUUUCAUAUAAUUUUCUGUCUAAUGACAUGGAGAAUAUUUGGAAGUGUUCUAAAGCAACUUUUUAACACUAUCAAACAUGUUCAAGAUAAUCAUAUGCUUUUCAUUUGUUGGUUGUUUUUUCAUUAAUUUUGGGUUUUCUGGGAUUGGUUCAUUUGCUAUAUAUGGCUCGAGACAUUGAUACCUUAAUUUAGUUAUAGUGUAAUGGUCCAAAUAGUUUGUAUUCUU